AUGUGGAGAGUUGAUUUAGGAAUACGAGUGUGGGUAGUAUCUGUUGGAAUAAGACCUGGAAGAAGGCUACCAAACGUUGAUAUCAGAAUAGGUAGGGCUCAAGGUAACAAUGAAAAAAUUUCUAUUCAUAAACCAGUCAUGUGAUAAAAUUCGAUCCACCUGUGGGCUUCGAUAACUUCCAUACAUUAUGUUUUGGGAAAAUUUCCGAGUGAUUUUGCAACAUUUCAUGCGAUUAUUUUAUGCUUCUUUUACUCCGGCAAGGAGAUCACUGGAAUGUUUUCACCAAAGUUGGGGAGUGUUUUAAAAUAUCUUAUCGCUAUGUAGAUAUGAAUUUUAUGUUCGAGUGGCAAAAAAAAAACUAAUGAGUGAAUGUUGCGAACCAAUGAGAUAUUGUUCUCGCCACGAUAACAUGAUAUCCCAAUCUACAAGCUAAGUUAUAAUUUUGUUCUUGUUAUAUAAGCAAUGAAUAUACAAGUCAGAGAUUUAAAAUCUGGCUUCAAUACAAAUACUGGGUACUAAUACAAACAAAAUUCCAAAAUUAUAAAGAGGUUUGCAUAUAAUACAGUGGCAGAUCAAAGUACAUGUGAACUGCCUUUAAACAAAUUUAAUAAAAAUUCCAAUUCUGACUCUGGCUUGAGUCAUCAUAUAUCAUUUUUAGCCUCUUUCCACCACAAACCCUUGAAGGUAUAAAGCACGAACAAAAAUUUACCUUUCCAAUCUGGUGGAUUUGAAAAGAACUUCCGGUAGAACCACCAUGUGUAAAGGAAGCCGUUUCAGUUUUCUCUCCUAACAAAACAAUUGACACUUCCACAAAAAAUCUUAGGGCGGUCUUUGUUCCAAAGAACAAAAAUACCAAGUUCAAUCAGCAAAGUUAGAAAAGGCGGGAAAUGUGACGUCCUUGCUGAAUAUGACCACUCAUAUUACAAACGAAAAAUACGACUCUCGUUUCCCGGAUAUACCGGUUAUAUUGAUUCCGCGAGUGUUUUACUUCACGGUAAAACGCUCCUCUCCAUAUUAUAAAACAAACAUCAGGUCACUGUGGCGAUAUGUCGCUACGACGCAUUGCCCGCUCUACGAUAAUUUAUAACAAUUUACCGAAGUGGGGUCGUUAGUAGUGGAUAUUUACCGAGGUGCGAGCGGCGAGUUUAAUGUCCACCACUAGACUUGACAAUGAGGUGAAUAGUUGUUUUAGUAUAUACUAAAAUAGUAAGAUAAUACAGCCCUAAAAGAUGAUUUUAAAUAUUUUAUUCCUACGACGAUUAAAAUACUUCCGGACGCAGAUCCUGCGUGAGUUGCUCGGAGGUGCAAAGGAUAAUCGGAGUUUGAGUAGCCAAUCAAGACGCGCCUUCAACGCUCUCCGUUCUUUUAAUAUGUGCUUAACUGGGAUAUUCCGAUCGAGCGCUAAAUGGUGAUGUUCAAUGUGCCGCACGCUCUACGGUAUGUCGUUGUAUCGAGGUUCCGCAAGGAUGAUAUAUUGCGGAAACGAUAUGUCACAAAAAAAGAUCCGUUACCUUGUCGCUUUAAUGUUCAAACCUUUUUGAAAAUUCGCGAUAUAUCAACGAUGUAGCGUUGCGAUAUUUCGGAAGAACAAAGAGCAAUACUUCACGAUAAUCGUUUGCAUUAUUGCUGAUUUCACCACAUGGAAGGUGUUGUAUUAUUUUACACCCAAAUACUGUUAUGCAAAGGACUUGUGAUGUAAGCCUCUCAAGUGAAUGUGCUCAAAGUAAUCCAACAGGACUCGAACUUAAUUACAGGUGAUGAGGAAAGAGUGGCUUUUGAAUCUAACCCACUCUGUCGCCAAGGUCUUGAAAUCAUCAACACUGUUUUUCUACGAUACGACUGUGCUGAGCCAAUGCUGGGCAAAUAUGUUUAUAUUUCACUCAACUACAAAGAAGCAGCAACGCUGGAAUUGUGUGAUGUACAGGUCUUCAUGAAUGAGGGUAAGUUCCCACUGAUCUAUCUUGCAUCACCCGUAUCAGGCUUGUCUCUCUUUUUCGGUGUCUGUUUUGAUGCUGUACACCUACCCCUCCCCUAACCCAACAUUAACCCCUACCUUGUUAUCGAUUGACUUUUGUCCAGAUACUUAAAUUGAUCCUUCUUCUUCUUCACCCGCCCCACCAUCAAUAUGUCCCUAUAUCCAUUUACAUAUCGGUCUAUUCAUUUUUUCCACGCUCACAAAAAAGAUUAUAAAUAUUUUGUAAUCUCUUGGCUCUCAUUAUUUAAUACAUACCAGCCAGUUAUAAAACUGACUAUAACAGUGGUGAUUCGCAAGUCUUUGCACAUGGUUUAGAUUUUAACUUCUGGAUCCUUUCCUACAGGUAGCGUAUUUGACGAACUGAUUUACCGUUUUCUGGAUUUCUCGCAAUUCGUCCAAGGAAAUUUACAUUCUUCACUUGGAAGUGAUAGAUUUGUGUUGCAAAUAUUAAAUAGCGGAUUCAUGCAUAAAAGGGAAGUUCAUAGGAAAGACAUCAUCAUAGAUCUUCCGCCAAAAAUAGAAAUGUUGAAGAGGAACGUAGCUAUCCUAAUACCUUUCAACAGAAGUUUCGAACACUAUCGGAAAGAUACGUGUACUCUGAAUGUGUUUUUUGACCAUUACAUCAAUGGAACGGUCCUUGGCUACUCUGAGGUUAAAGGAACUGUCUCGGUCAAAAGUGUUUACUACCGUAAGCUCGCACAACUUCAUUUGCUUUAUUUACCAAACCUUUUAAGCCUACAGUCUUUCUUGAUUCUAGCUUGAUGUUGUUCCUCAGCGAUUCGCGAAAUGAUUCGGUAGAACUAGAUGUGGUGGCGAGGAUGGGAGAGAGGGUGAAAGAGCUGUGUCAAUAAGUGGUUGGAGUUGCGCUAUAACAGGGAUCUACUUAGGGCAACUCUGUUACACGCCACAAGCUUGCCACAGAGCUACCACGAAUUGCUUCGUGUAAAUCAAACCUACAAAUCGCUUACGAAUUUUCCAUACAUCUCGAAUUUUAAAUUUUUGUCUCAAAAAAGUGUCGUAGGAUUUUAAAAUGUGAGUUAAAACGUAUUUUGUGACAAAUUUCCUGACAUAUACCUGACGUUCGUUUUGUAGAAUCUGUUAUUAACUUUUAAUACUGCAUUAGAUAGCUUUUGUAGACUUAGUUUAACUGAAUCCUCAGUCGUAAUGGUAUCAAUCUCAAGGCUCACUAUGAUGUCUAUAUCCAUUUAACAGGUGAUAAUGAAAAAAAAACGCGAGAGCGGGUGUUCCAUUGCAAUAUUAGAGACGUGCGAAUAAGAGGAGGUGAAUAAAUACGUGCUGGUGUUGAAUAUCAUUUCUUCUUUAAAGGCACAUGGAUGUUCUUGUUUUGUCUCGAUCGCAGCAUCUCUCAAACUUCCCCAUCAAAUGCAAAUAACCAGUUGAUAUCACAUCGGCUAUCAGCAUAAUAGAAAGUAAUUGUUUUGUUCACAGCUAACAUUUGUGACCUUCAAAACAAAUGUGGUGCCUCAGUCGGAUCACACUGCGACAAAACAUUUAUCAGUCCGUUACUCCCUCCGGGCGGGUAUCACUGCAAGUGCAAUGUUGGCUUUGUUCCAUCUCCUUCUUCAAAACUUGGUAUGGACAACCAUGUUAAUCCCGGCGAACGCUGCAUCAGAAAACCAAAAGGUAGUUAGGUUUGUUGAUAAAAUUUACACAAAAAUUAAUAGAUUGUGUCAAUUUUUUGUGGGAAAGAACUGCAUCCAGUGCUUUGAAGAGCGAACCAAACUUAUAGAUCUAAUCACUGUUUUAACUUUCUUCUCAUCAGAGGUUGACUUAAGCAAUAUACUCAUACUUUUUGUAUUGAUUCUUUCAGCGAUACAACACAGCAACCAGAAUCUUGCGUUAACGAUGAAAGUAACUGCGUGUUCGACUGACAACUUUGACGGUUGCAAGAAAGAGGCGGGCUGUAAAGAGGUUUUCGCUUUUCGCCGGUUUGUAGUGGAUGGUAUUCUAAAAACAUGCUUUCUUUCACUAAAUGAAAACAAACCUUGGCUCAUUGUUCAUCUGGACGACUAUAGGCCAGUGUCUUAUGUCCGUGUUGCUGCUUCCCCGAAAUUUCCUUCGGAUCGUCUCAUAGUGUCCGUAGGUAUGAAAAUACUGCAAGUUACGGAUAAAUCUAAUAGUAAAUUUAUCUUGUGUUAAGCCUCAUUUAUCAACCCUUGUGAAAAUAAAUAUAUCUGCGAUGGAGACUGAUCCAGGAGAGUGACAGUCAUAGAAGAUAUACAGGAUAUAAAUGGACUUGGGUGCGAAAUAACGGUGUGACUUACUUCUGGUAGAGCAAAGGCUCUUCAUAAUUCCAGCAUCUCUAUUAAGGUUGAAUUUGUGUUGCAUUGAGUGUACAUCCUCCGGGGCUCGUUGAUGCCAUGAUUGUUUGCUUUUCUUACCAUUCGUAUUCCAUUUCCAUUCAUUAAUUGCAGUUACCUUCUUUUCCAAUCUUGAUUUAAAGUUGAUUUCAUUCUUUCGUAUCAUUUAGGUGAAAUAAAAGGAAAGUUAACUCAUUUUAAAAUGUGUGCAUUUCGGCGCGUGUUGGAGAAAGGACAGCAGUUAAGCUUCGGAUGUAACGAUUACUUGUUCGGAAAUGCCGUUCAAAUAACAACUAACUCUCGCAUACUGAGUUUAUGUGAGAUUGAGGUGUACUCUUACUCGUAUGGUAAGAACAGUAUUUUGCAACACUUAUGAUUUCAUGUAAAAUCUCAAACAAGACUAUUUCAUAAAUUCAUCCUCCAAAUUUCCUAGGUUGCAACUUGAUCUACAUCAGUCGUGCAGUGUUGGAAGUACUGGCAUAAUUUUGUUCAAUGUUUCGUUUAGGGCGAAAAUUUUUUUCUAAAACUAGAUUUGAACAUUUAAAAAAAUAGAUUUCUAGAUUCUCUUCAGCAACAGCCGACCACAGAUGACGUCAAAAUGUGGUGGGAACUAACAAGCGGCACGUGGCGCAACCGAGUGUAUCACUGAUGUUUUUAUCACAUUUUGACGUCUACUGUGAUCUCUUAUUGUGCAGACCCACGGUUACGUAGAAUCAACUUUUUCGUGUGAUAAUUUGAUCUUAUCAACUGAAUUAUCAACUGGCGUUUCGAGCGUUAGUCCCUCGUCGGAGCAAUAGAGAAAUUGUGGGUUGUUUGCGUUUUAUUCGCAGAUAAUGGAGCUAAACUAUUUGUGGAAACAUGGUAACUAAAUGAGCAUAAUAAAUCAAUUAAAUGGAAAGCCUUCGUUGAUACCGUCAGGGGAUUAAUAGUGCCGAUCUAAAAGAUAAAUUAUUCUAGCGUUUUCACCAACCUAUAUAGCAAGAUUUAGGGAAAGGCAGCAGACUGCCACUUAAUGCCUAGAAUGAUUUGGGAUAUCAGUGAGUCCAGCCACUGGUUGGAUGCGUCCUUGUCAAUCUUUUCUACGUCACGCAAAAUAUGAUAGAAAAGCAAAAUGUCGUUAAUAGUGACGUCAUCUUUGCGUCUAUCCUCCAAUAGAUCAUAGGUAAAUAAUCAAUCAAAGUGCGUUUAUGAAUUAACUUAUCAUAUAUGAAUAAUAGAUAACUGAAAGUUUUUCCCCUUUCAAAAUGCGCUUCCUAGUGUGCAGAACAAUAAAUAGCCGAUUGGAUGGUGGAUUGCAAUGACAGUAAACAAAGCCUCUUGAAAAAGCAGGUUUUAAUCGGUCCCAAGAUAUCUUUCACAAAUCCUUGUGACUGGUUGUCUACGCGUGCGUACCGAGGUUUCAUCUUCCUUCGGGAGAAAAUACCUUUCAGAAAUUUGUAUAGUUAUUAUAUCUGGUACGCUAAUAUGUAAUCUACAGACACAGAAACUCGCUAUUGUAGAUGCCUAAAUUGUUUUUAGUAUUUGGGAUCCCAGAUUAAAAUAUAGAAGCUGAUUAUUCAAGGCUUGUUGACCAUGCUGUUUUUGGAUUUUCGCAGCGAACGUUGCUUUGCAACCUACAUCUAAACUCAAAAAGUCUUUCAUGAACGAUGGAAAUCUCAAGUCAUGUUUUACGAAAACAGGAACUGUGUGGUCUCUGGACCUGGGAAAUAAUGUCCGCGUAGCGGUGGUAUUUAUAUUACAUGGUCGUUCAACGUAUCUUGAAGGUUCUGAAAUAACAGUUGGUGAGUUCAGACAGAUGUUAUUCUGAAAUUACGACUCAUACUAUAAAUCGCGUUUCCAUGUGGGCCUGUGGUUACAUUGCCAGGUUCAGACUACUUUUUGUCUUUUUCCCUUCACUCUCUAAACCCUUCCUCUGUAAGUUUUUACCAACGCAUGGCUUUUUACUGAAUUGUCUUUGAACGUUUCCGUGAGUAGAAAGGACUCAGGCCAGGAGUUUUGGAGCCCAAUAGUGUACUGUGCGCUCAAAAUUGAACUAGAGGGACCCUAACUGGCAAGACUGUGGGUUUUCUGAAAGACCCCAAGUAUCCUAUAAUACUCCAGUGAUCGUGAAGCACCCGAUAGUGGGUCAAUAGUUUACGGUGUACCAAAGGUUGAAUGAAGUGGACAAAGACUACUGAUAGUCUCUUGGACGUUCUGUGACUCUCUAAUGAUUUUCUGGACCAAAUCGUGUAUUGUACAAUGGGGCUUGUAUUAAACCGACCAUGACGAGAGUUCUUUGGGUGUUCGCAUAAGAAAUAUUUGUCUGUAUUCUAAGUUAUAGAUAUGUAUGUCUGUCUGUCUGUCUGGGUAUAUGGAGUGUUCAAAAGAAGCGGUUCUUAUCGCGGUUUGUGCUAAGUCAGGGUAAGUGUCCAGCAGCUGGCUGUACACAUAAAUGCAUAGCUGAUUGUACUGUUUUACAAUCAACCAUGGCUGUCAACUUUGUAAUUACAGGUUACUCAAUCAAGAAAGAAAUCUGUACAACAAUUCCUAAAUAUGAGGAAUUGGGAAAUUACUUUGAAUGCCAGAAGCCGGUUAUUGGGAAUAGCUUGGAAGUUGAGUUGAAAAGUCGUCGCACUUUUGAAAUUUGUGAAGUGGAGGUUUUUCAGACAAAGACAGGUAAAAUGCACAAUUUUUAA